UAAUCGGUGGAAGCAGCACCUGAGCAAACAGCCACAAAGUAACCCGGAAAAUAACCACGCUCAAAAUGCUUAGCUUAGGUUCAGGAGGUGGAAAAACGGCGAAACCCUCAUUUGUGUCUUACGUUUCACCGGAGGAAAUUAAAAAAGAAAAUGUUAAUGAUGAGUUGAAGCCACACUUACUACCAGGAGAAAUUGUAAUCUGCGAGGCAAACACGGUGGUGAAAUUCAGUCGUGAAGAUUCCUUACAAAAAGGCUUUUAUGGAAAGCUCAUCUGUACCAACUUCAAAAUCUCUUUUUUAAGUGCUGAGCAGUUGUUGGAUGAGGUGGAACAAUCAUACAGGAAUAAACUGAUGGGUGAAAAUGAUAUCUCAUUGCACUGUGUGGACCAGAUCUUUGGAGUGUAUGAUGAUAAAAAGAAGCCGCUCCUACCAGGUGCUGUAAAGAACAAAAUUCCUGAGAAGCUUCUGCUGUAUUGUAAAGAUUUCCGAGUCUUUCACUUUGGCUUAAGAUACACUAAGGAAGAGGAUGCUAGAAGGCUGAUCCAGGGGAUAGUUCAUCAUUGUUUGAAUCCAACAUCCUUAAAAUGUUUGUUUGCUUUCCCCUAUGUUGGUGCAGCAGGUGGUCUUAAAGUGGGUCCCAUAAGAAUAGAAGAUGAUCCUCCAACCGUGAUGUUUGAAACCAAAAAUGAUUGGCGAGGAGAGCUGGACCGCACUGGAGGUCUGCUAACUUACAGAAUAAUUUCCAUUAAUGAAAAUUAUAAAAUCAGCACCAGACUUCCACAGUUCUUUGCUGUUCCUUUAUCUGUUGCUGAUGAUGACAUAAAGAAAUACAAAGGAAAAGGAAUUCCUCUUUGGUGCUGGUCUCAUCCCAGUGGUUGUGCAUUGCUGAAGAUGACAGCUGUCCCUGAAGCAGCUGAUGACAGUGCUUCACAAAUGGAGAAGGGUUGGAUUGAAAGACAGCUCCAUAUUCUUGGAGAAGCUCAUCCCAUAAAUUACAUGGUCAGGUCUGAGAUCCUUUCAGCCACUCUCCCAACUCUACAAGAAAUACAGGCUUCUUACAGCAGGUUUAAGCAGCUGUUCCUUACAGAAAAUGCUGCUGAAUUCUGGGAGACUGAUAUUAAAUGGCUGUCUGCUUUGGAAAAUUCAAACUGGCUGGAAGUUAUCAGGCAAUGUUUGAAGAAAGCCUUGGAUAUUGUUGAAUGCUUGGAACAUAAAAACACCACUGUGGUGCUUAUGGAAGAAAAUUGCUGUGAUCUGUGCUGUCUUAUAGCUAGUCUAGUCCAGGUGAUCAUUGACCCACAUUUUCGAACAAUAUCUGGUUUCCAAAGUUUAAUUCAGAAGGAAUGGGUGAUGGGCUGCCAUUGCUUUCUGGAUCGAUGUAAUCUCCUGCGAAACAAUGAUAAAGAGGUGCCAGUAUUUCUUCUGUUCUUGGAAUGUGUGUGGCAGCUACUUCAGCAGCAUCCACCAGCCUUUGAGUUUACAGAGACCUACCUGACUAUAUUAUCAGACAGCAUGUACAUCCCUAUCUUUAGCACCUUCCUGUUCAAUUCACCGUGUCAAAGGGAUGAUAACCAAAUGCUUGAUGAAGAUCAGCGGAUGCUAAGCAGAUCAUUGAAACUACCUUCUGUGUGGGAGUGGUCUGUGCAGUUUGAGAACUCUGUUCAAGCACUCUUUUAUAAUCCAGUUUACGUUGGAAAGCCAAAAACUGAUACAAUUAGAAGGACCCAACGUGUUAAGGACCCUGCACUGAACUGCUUGGAGAUUGUCCAUGAAAAUUUUCUCGAUAUAUCAGAGCCACAACGUCAGAUGUCACUGCCGUCAAGUCCAUCCUAUCAGAAUAGACCGACAUCCAAAAAAGGGUUUUUCAGAGAGGAGACAGAUCACUUAAUAAAGACUUUUUUAGGCAAAAAGAUAAGCAGGUGGACAGUAACAACUGAAGAUCAUUCAGUUAGCUACAGACAGUUUUAUGAUAACUGGCGCAGUAAACCAGUAGAUCACCACGGACUGCUGCUUCCUCAGUACGAUGGCCCUGCUUUAAAAGUAUGGGGCCAAAGAUACUUGCGCUGGAUUCCAGAGGUUCAAAUACCAGGUGGUGGUUCAACAAUCACUCUGAACAAAAUCUUUGAAAUUGUGGAUGAGAUCAACGCCUUACAGACAAGAGUAUCACAGAGGGUACUGAAAAGGCAAGCAAGCUCUCCAAGUAGUAAUGUCUUCACACCGUUUCAUCAGGCAAGCCGUCUUUCUUCAGCUUUUCCAUUUGGUACAAUACGUAGGCAGUCUAUAAAGCCCCGCAUCCCAGUCUCUACAAAUCUCUCAAUGAGUUUUGGGUCAAUGGAGAACUUGCCAGAUGAGGAAGAUCUAGGUGUGUUAUAGUGGAGACGAUCUGUUCUCCUCCCACCCCUCGCCUGUAACAGUUUGGUUUUGUUCUUUGCUGUAACUCUAGCCAAAACGCUGCAAGUAUUUAAUUUUGAAGUAUUUUGCGUAACUUUGUCAUCAGCCUAAUGUGUUUUGAGUUUGACUGUUUUGUACACUGUUUUCCAAUUUUGUUCAGCUGAAAUUUUAAACUGCAGUUGGUUUCUUAACAAAGUCUUUGCCUGUGUUUUGGAGGGCCAAAAUUCAAACCACUCAAUGACCUUGAUAUUCUAAGCUAUUUAGGCCUGAUAUUGGCUGCUAAUGAGUAUUUGUCCAUUUAUUACGGUAGUUGACACAAAUCAAUUCCAAAGCUAAAUACAAGAACUGGUUUUGCCAAAAUAUAUAGUAAAAAUAAUCCAUGCUCAUAUUGGUUCUGUUAAUAUUAUAGCAGGUUAAAUUGGAGGGGGUGCUAUUUAAAAUUAUCUUCAGAUUUUUCUUUCUUUUAAUAUAUUCCAGUUUUCUAAUAAAGUAGAAUGAAAAUGUUAUAUUUGGUUUUGCAUCUGUAAUUGAUAUAUCACAAUUUCCUCCCCACCUUCCAAACCUAUUGAUGUAGAAUAAAAAUCUGAAAAUGAGGAAAAAGGUGGGACUUUAAGUGACCAGUAUAAACUUGAAAAACAUGGCACUUGUCAAUGACUUAAUUCAGUAACAGUUAUUGUAAUUGCUAGUACAAUAAGAUUAACAAACUCCGGUCUCCUGCAGUAUAACCUUGGAGAUAUCUGUAGCCAUUAAGAUUUAGAAAUGCACCUCCUUGAAGCUUUGGCGAGUUUAUGAUCCAAUUUGGCAAAUUUGCCUGUUUUGUACUUUUUGGUUUUAUUUGAUAUUAUUGAAACAAUUUCCCAUCAUUGCUUCUGAAUUUAACCAACUUGUGAAAUAUGUACAUCUACAAUAAUGUAGAUUUUAAAGUUUGUACAGGUUUCUCUUUCAAAUGGUAAUGUAGGUUAUCUGCUAAAACAACUCAGACACUGCUAGCCUGGCAACCAUGCUAUGAUUUUAGUAGCAGUAGAUCAUUCAGACCAAGUUUUAAUAUAAUCUGGAAUAAAGAAACUAAUAUCAGAUGAAGUACUAGUUAGUUGCAUAGAGGUGGUGUGAGAAAAUUCAGCCAGGAUUUUAAACUUGGAUUGAUGGCAAUCCAACAAGUCCUAAUGAAGAGAGUUUUUGUGAAUAUUUACUGCAAACAGAACCCUAAACAGUGUCAUUUAAGUGCUUAAAGGUUUGCUAAUUUCUUUCUGUAUAGGAGUGUUUUGUUCCCUUCAAGAGAAGGGCAAAAAAUAGGACUUAAAAUCCAAGUAAAUAUUUCGUUGGGCAUUUAAGCAUCUCUCCCUUCCUCAGGCUUCUAUCUGUCUGUCCUGAAAAUUAAAUUCAUUUGAGUUCUGGAUUUAUUGCAGUUAUUGCUAAACUUGAUUUUCUAUAUAUUCCUGAAAGCUACCAGAAUCUGACUACUAAUGUACUUUCUUGUACCAUAUAGUUAUGAUAUUUAAGUUGCAAUAAACCUAUUUCUGGUUUUGCCUUUGUAAAAUAAGUUACUGAAACAUGCUGAGUUUUCUUGGGUUACUUUUGUUCAAUUUCUAAAUUGGUCUGAUCCUUAAGGCACUGAAAAUAUUAAAAUUAGUUGAAAACUAACUGGAGUAAUUUUGUAGGUCUAAAUCUAGGUUGUAGUUACCUUUUAAUUAAACCAUUUAAAUAGACAUCUCAAUGCAAUCAACUACUUGUGAAGAUUUAUAUGUAAAAUGAAAGUCAAUUAGCUUGCUCAGGGGUUGCAAAUUUUGUACGUUUAUCAGAAAUGUGCUGUCGAAUGGCUCCUGUGAAUUAGUGGACGGAAGCAAAAUGGUGUAUUUGUAUCAACACUGUACCCGUUCUUUUUAAUUUGGGAUGUUUUGUUUUGUCUUGUCCUACACACAGUACUUUCUAACCCAUCAUUAGGAAACAUGUAUAAGCUUAAUAUUCAAAUCUGCAGUUUUUGUUGUGUUUUAAAUAUCUAAACUGAUUAAGAUAAGUAAACUUCCUUGAUGUUUGUAACAGUUUCUUCAUUCUACACUUGUCUCUACAACACUAUAGCAAUAUUUGCUUUUGUCCUGUCUAAAUUGUAGAAUAUCCACAGGAAAAUGUGAAGGAGUUUUUUAUUACGCUGUAAUUAUUGCUGACGUUCGGUGUUGAUCUAAAGUCGACAGGAUAAUAGUUUGAGUACCUGUUUGUUUCUAUUUCUGUAUAAAAUUUGUGAAAUCAUUUAAGUAAACAGAACUGUUGACCCCAACUUAUGUUUUGUUUGGAACUGGAAACUUUAUUUAUAGUGUGUAUCACUUGUUUUCCUUUUAAUUUAUUUUUUGUAUUUGUCAAGUUUUCUCUAUUUGCCAAAUGAAGACCUGUUUAAUUGUUACCCUUUGCUAAGACAUGCUUUUGAAUAUUACAGUUCACUGAAAGUUACAACUUUGCAUGAUACUUUCAAACUUGAUUCAACAAGAUCUACCUUUGGUUGGGGAGUAGGGGGAGCUUUCCUUUUUAUCUGGAUAAACUGAAACCAAGUACUUUUCAUUGUAAAAUCUUCCACCUUUUAUUAGCUGUGCAUUUUUUGAGCUUUGAACAAACACAAAGUAGAAUAAGAAAAUCACUUCAAGCUAAAGCUAAUCACCAUUUUUAGAUAAAUUGUGUGGCUAAAUUUGUUAGUGUUUUUGGAUAGAAUUUUCCAGUUAAAUAGAUUUGUAAUGAUUGCGUAACAUACCAAAAGAAAACUCUGAUUUGAUUUAGGGCUAGGGGUCUACUUGUACAAUGGAAAUGAAUGGAAAAUGGGCAAACAGGAGUCAUCAGCUGUGUUAAUUAAAUGGUGCCAAUAUAUUACAGUAUCUGGAGGGUAAAGAUAAAUUUAUCUGACCCUGAGAUAACACGGUGUGAAGCUGGAAGAACACAG